AUGGAUGUAAAUCCUAGAUCUGUGGUUGAAAGGGAUAAUGCUUUGCAAAGAAACAACGUUUCAAGGCCACUAGACGAAAUUGAUCCAAAGACAGAAAAAUUCCCUUGUUGCCUUGUUUGGGCUCCUCUCCCUGUGGUUUCUUGGCUUGCACCUUUUGUCGGGCAUGUUGCCAUAUGCAGGGAGGAUGGUGCUAUUGUUGAGUUCUCUAGAGCCAGCAUGAUUCAUGUUGGUAGUCUCAUUUACGGGGAUGCAGCCAGAUACUAUCAGCUAGCUAGACAGCAGUACUGUUUUCCUCGCACCACCCUUGCUGGACACACAUGCAACCAGCAUCACAAACAUGCUGAAUUUGGGCCAGGAGUAAGUUGGGAUGAUGCUGUUCAACUUUCUACGCGCAACUUUGAGUACAGAAAUUUCAACCUUUUCACUUGCAAUGGCCUCUCAUUCUUCGCUCAUUGCCUGAACCGGCUAUCGUAUAAAUGGUCAUUGAAUUGGAAUAUGGUUAAUGUUGGAAUUCUUAUACUGUUCAAGGGGCAGUGGGUCAACGGCUCAGCAAUCUUAAGAUCAUUUGUGCCUUUCAUUGUGAUGCUUUGCUUCGGAGUUUUAAUGCUUGCAUGGCCGUAUGUGGUUAUGAUAUUGGGCUUUUUUCUUUUUAUUGCUGGAUGGUAUCUCUUGGUAACUUACUGUUUCAAGAGUCUUCUGGAAGUUGAUGAUUAGGACCUUCUGCUGUUAGUUCAAGUCUUGUAUAAGUGGUUGAGAAAGAACUCAAUGUUCUUUCCUCAAUGUAAUGUUAAAACAUGUGUAAAUAGUAGUUUAAAACAUGCGUAAAUAGUAGUUAAUGUCCUGUGGGUAUGUUUCAUUUUUGUUUCUUUUCGAGCACAGUUGUUCCUGUCAAUUUAUGGAGUUUGUAAGCCCCUGCCUCAAAUUUGGUUUCUUUUAAAGUUGAAAAAAAGAGAGUACUUUUAAAAAGAGUUUUUGAGAGUAACAGAUGAUUUCGUGUAAUUUUGUUUACACUUUACAC